AUGCUACGCAAGGCUGUGACACUGUCCGUCGGCGCCAUGGCGCGCCGGGCGACACGCUCGCCGGCGCUCCGCGCGUUCUCGACAUCCUCGUCCUAUGGCUACACCCAGGCGGAGGAGGACGCGCUCCUCAAGAUCGCUCGCAGCUCGCUCGAAGAGAAGUCGGCCGUCGAGAUCCAGCUCGAAGAGGCCAUCAUGCGCGAAGGCGACGAGCUCGCCGAGUCGGGCCUCCUCUUGGCGCUGACCCAAGGCGUCGGCGUUGUCUCGGGCCUCAAGCACGCCUCGCUCAACUCGACGGUCCACAUCUUUGACGAAGAUGGCCAGUUGGUCGGGCAAGGGAUCGUUCUCGACUUGGCCAAGAAGCGCGCGCGCAUUGCUGUCUUUGGCGACGCGAGCCAGCUCUCGCUCGGCAUGCACGUGGAGCUCGCCGACAACAACCUCCGCAUUCCCGUGGGCGAUGGGCUCCUCGGCCGCGUCAUCGACCCGCUCGGCAAGGCCAUGGACAACAAGGGACCCGUCGACGACGCGGUCAAGCAUCCGUGCAUGCGCGCUGCGAUCCCGACCAUGAUGGAGCGCGGGCUUCUCAAGCACCCGUGGGAGACGGGCAUCCAUGUCAUCGACUGCCUCCACCCGCUUGCCUUUGGCCAACGCUUUGCGGUGCUCGGGCCUCGCGGCAGCGGCAAGACGCGGCUUGCGAUCGAUAUGAUUGCCCAGCAAAUCAAGAAACACGCCACGAACCUCUCGGAGAUGCCCCGCUUCGUGUACGUGGCCGUCGGAAAGAGCCCGGCGCGCGUCAACCAGAUCGUGCAGCUCCUCAACGACCUCGACGCGCUCCAGUACACGACGCUUGUCGCUGCGGACGACCGCCAGCCGCUCAUCAUGCAGUACCUCGCGCCGUUCGCCGGCUGCACGAUCGCCGAAAGCUGGCUCCGCGACGGCCAGAAGGCCAUUGUGCUCUACGAUGACCUCUCGGCCCACACGAUGGUGGUCGAAAGCCUCAUCCAGGCCAUCAAGCUGCCCAAAGCGGCGCGCACGAGCUUCAGCGGCCACGCCAAUUUGAUGGAGCGCUCGACGCAGUUCUCGGCCAAGCGCGGCGACACAUCGCUCUCGACGAUCGUGCUGGCCGACACGCCGGGCAAAGAAGAUGUCGCGAGCGCCUUCCAAGAGGCGCUCUUGUCCAUGGUCGACGACCACGUGUCACUCGACUCGGGCCUCAACCUCCGUCGCGUGUACCCGCCGAUCGACUGCUUGGCGCCCGGCGCGUCGGUCCGAGGCCCACCGUUCCAGAAGGCGGCGCUGUGGAAGUGCAUGCAGCACAUCCGCGCGACCAUCAUUGACGGCCACGUCGUGCACGGCAACGUAACGAUGGCCAAAGGCUUUGGCCUCGAAACCGAGCCCGAGGACCAAGACGUCCUCGACUCGCGCGAGCUCGUGCAGCAGUUUUUCAACCAACGCCCGUUCCAACGCGAAGACGACACGGCGAUCGUCGUCGGCGCGUUCAUCAUUGCCAACCAGUUCAUCUUGCGGCUGCCCAACCCGGUGCCGGUGUGGGACGUUGUCCGACAUGUGAUGGCGACGCUGGAAGCCGACGAGCCAUCGCUUGUGCAGCAGCUGCGCGACCACCCGGGCCACGAGAUGUGGUCGGAAGACCUCGAGACGCGCCUCCACGAUGUGGUUUCGACUGCGAUCCAGGCCAAGUUUGGUGGUCGCCGGACGUACACCAAGUAGAGAUAAAUUUGUCGCUAAUGAAAACCGGUAGAGUUUGUGCAGA